AGCCCCCCCCGCUUCCAUCCAGCGCCCCCAGCAUCCAUCCAGCUCCCCUCCAUCCUUCCCCCCCUCUUUAUUUCACCCUCCCUUCCUUUGGUUCUCACCCUGACUGCGAGCAAAGUGUCUUCAUGAACGCAGAGGAUGUCCGGGAAGCACUACAAGGGGCCCGAAGUCAGUUGUUGUAUCAAAUAUUUCAUUUUCGGAUUCAAUGUCAUUUUCUGGUUCCUUGGCAUCGCAUUUCUUGGGAUUGGAUUGUGGGCAUGGAAUGAAAAGGGAGUGUUGUCCAAUAUCUCCUCCAUCACUGACCUAGGAGGCUUUGAUCCAGUUUGGCUCUUCCUGGUGGUAGGAGGAGUUAUGUUCAUUUUGGGAUUUGCAGGAUGCAUUGGAGCUCUGCGAGAAAAUACCUUCCUUCUCAAAUUUUUUUCUGUGUUUCUUGGAAUUAUUUUCUUCUUGGAGCUCACUGCUGGUGUUCUAGCAUUUGUUUUCAAAGACUGGAUAAAAGACCAGCUGUAUUUCUUUAUAAACAACAACAUCAGAGCAUACAGAGAUGACAUUGAUUUGCAAAAUCUCAUAGACUUCACACAGGAAUAUUGGCAGUGCUGUGGGGCUUUUGGAGCUGAUGACUGGAACCUUAAUAUUUACUUCAAUUGCACGGAUUCCAACGCAAGUCGAGAGCGCUGUGGUGUGCCGUUCUCUUGCUGCACGAAAGACCCUGCGGAAGAUGUUAUUAAUACUCAGUGCGGCUAUGAUGCAAGGCAAAAACCAGAAGUUGAUCAGCAGAUUGUUAUCUACACUAAGGGCUGUGUCCCUCAGUUUGAGAAAUGGUUGCAGGACAAUCUUACCAUAGUUGCUGGUAUAUUCAUUGGGAUAGCAUUACUGCAGAUAUUUGGGAUAUGCUUAGCCCAGAAUUUGGUUAGUGACAUUGAGGCUGUCAGAGCCAGCUGGUAAAACUGCUGAAGUAACCACAACAAGACACUGGACAACUGAAACCCUCUGAAACCUCCAGUGUGUCGCUCCGACACCAAGCUGUAUGGACAUGGGUGACAGGAAAGCCUUCUCUCCCAAGUAGUCUCAAGUCUAAGUUCCUGGUAUUGCAGUGAACCCAUGUUUCUUUGAAGUGGGGGAGAGAAGAGAGGGCUAUUUAAAAUCUGCUCGCUGAAUGUUUUUGUUUUAAACCACCAGUUUGAAAGCUGUUGAGCCAUGAAUCUCUACUGUAUUCUUGAUCCUGAGUAACAAGUGGACACUUUUUUUAAAUCGGUGUAUUCAGUGGGACAGAGUUGCAUCAUUGUAGUCUGUGGAUAUGCUGUUUAUUCUUCGUGUCAUGAGCUCUUCAAUAGCUGCCAAAUAUUCCUGAGAUGGUCUCUCUCCUCACCACUCUGUAAUGGAACAAUCUUAUUUUCACAGCUAAAUAAACAUAGCUACAGACCUAAACCCAUCAAGCAGGAAGCAACUUUCUAUGCAUCUAUUGUACAGUAAAAGAAAUUGUUUUUAAAACAAGGGACAUUUUUUUUAUGCAAGCUUCCAACCAUCUCCCUGUAGCAUUUGAGGUUGGAAUCAACAGGCUCACAGGGAGAACUGCCUAAUUUUAUCAACAUCUUUCUUCCUUUCUCCACCGUUGUAUGAAGGGAAAGGACUUUUGUAUUUGACGAACAAGGGUUAUAGAGUCUUUGGUUGCUGCCAUACCGUAGGACAUCAGUCUCUUAAGGCAAGGAUGGUAUAUAACUGUAUAAAUGUAUGAAAGCAGUAUGGAUGUUGGGCCAAGUGAAUAAUAUUAUUCAAAGAAUGAAUUAUAUAUUAACUUAAAAACCAACAACAACAAAACGUAUGUAUCUGAUGUGGCUAAAUCCUUUGUUUCUCUGGAAUUUAGUGUAGCCUACUGUAUUUAGGGAUCUCACUGAUAUUAGUGUUUUGAUAUACUUGUGCAAAACUUCUUUUAAGAUAAUUCAUUGGUCUGUUCUUAGCUGAGGCUUUGGUCUUCCUUUUUUUCUUUUUGUCUUCUUUUUUACUUGCAUGAGCUGUGGACUAAGAAUAUGUGACACUCCAGUGCUUUAAAUCUGUGCAUAUGUUUGAAUACAGUCUAAUCCAAACUUAUUUAUUGCUAAAUGCAUGUAAUUAUGGAAAGAUCAUAUCCCAUUCCCUUGGAAGUCGGAGAGAACAGCUUUUACCAGAGUAAAUGCUUACUGACAGCGAAGAAAUCCUUGCUAUGGAGACGUGUCUCCCUUUGUUGCUCUAAAUGCAACAAAAAGCUUUCUUGAAGAAACGGAAUAAAAAUUUUAAAAUAGAAGUGCGUAUUAGAAUCAGCCACGACAGACUCUUUUGAGUUGGACAAGUGAGCAGAAUUUGAGAUAAAGCACAAAUAGUGAAGAAUUAUUAGAUCAGCCUCCAUCCAGCUUAGAGUUUUUGAUUCCUUCUUCACUAAUAAUAGUGAACUUACAAACCUGACCAUGGCUUGGGUAGUUUUAUUGCACUUUGUAUAAAUUUAACGUGGUGUAUGACCCUUCUCAGUAUCUUUAGAACCACUCCUGAAAGCUGUGAGGUCUUGGCUCGUGCUUUGGUCAGGCAGUGUCAAAGGGUGUGUAGCACCUCUUUGUAAGCGCUCAGCAUCUUUCUGAGAUGUUUGCCCUAAAAUGACGUAUAUGUGGAGAAGUGAUGAAUGCGUUGCUUUCAAAGCUUCCCUGUGCUGGAGGAUGGACAGAAGGCUGGUCUGAUGACCUAUUAAGGCUUUUCUCAUCCUAUGACUCUUAAACAUGUGAGUAUUCGUACCCUUGCACGUUUUGCCUUUCUGUGCUUCAGUCAGUUGUGGUUUUGUCCCCACUGAAGGCUGGUGGUAGGCACACCGGCGCUCUACUGAUGCUGCAGACACUCCUGAUGUCCUCCUGUCUUUGAGCAUUACCUCAUCCUCUUCUGGUUAACUCCCACUGAUGGGCUCUGAGUCAGGCAGCCUCCAUAUCCUUUGGUAUCUGCUGUUAAAGGCCAGCCAUGACUCAGAGCAGGUUUUUUUUUUUUAAAGCCUUCAAAAGCAGUUAUAAUUCACUGUCCUUAAUAAAGUUGGUUCCACCUCACCGCAGUGUUAUGUUUUUCUUAGCAACUCCUCAAGUUGAGGAGUUAUUGGUGUUUGUUUCCUUGCAAAGGGACACACCUUUUUGCCUGAUAGCAGCAGGACAGACAGAUCGUCAGCACUAGUGUUGCUGCACUGAGACAAAACGGUGUGGGAAGGAAUCAGGGAAGCGUGAUUGAGGAAGCAAUCGCUCCACCCAAGAGCCUUGAUUGUGACCCAGUGCUAAAAAAGCCCAUGUUACAGAAACAUUCCUUGUUGCCACUGAUCUUUAAUACUGCUGUUACUGCUGAGGGCUUCUGAAUGCAACUUCAUUCUUCUACUUGAAUUUCUGCAGUUGUACUGUAUUGGCCUUCUGUCUUGUCACAAUGUUCUCCAAGUUCCAGUCCGCUGGAUGUGCUUUUGACAGUGUCAGACUGAUAAGAAGGUAAACGCUCUGAGGUGAGCAAAUAUUGUUUUCGCUACUUGGACGUCUACACACAAAUGUGCAUCGCUUCUGCUGAGUCCCAGAAUAACUGACUGUUCUUAUAAAAACCACUAAAUAACUUAUUUUUCUAGAGCUUGUCUUCAUUGCUGCAGUGCUGAUCCUUCCCUACUCCCACGAGAUGCUCUUAUUUUCCGCAUUUUUGCAGUUGUUUGACAGAUGCAUACUGAAUGUUUGGGAUUAGCUGUCUAUAUUGCACAUAUGAAUCCCACAUUUUUUGUCUACAGAUCGGGUAAGGUGCCCUAGAAAUGCCCGAUCAGCAGCUACUCAGGAGCUUAGAUGUCCAGUUUGGAAAGCUUGUGGGAGGCCUUGGAAAUCAAUCUGUUAUUAUCAGAGCCUGCCAAAUGCAAACAAGCUUCCUUCCGGAGAACUUUGUGAAAACUUCAGGUGAGCUGCAACUAGAGCACAACUGCUGGCUGCUCGGGCUCGUUUUGUGAAGCAAUAAGACACGGUAGGCAGUAUGACUUCCUGGCAAUUCCUUGCCUGCCUGCUGUGGCGGUGGGGUCGAUGUGAGUCCAGAAGUCAGGGAAACCAUUUGCAACAUGCAGGAGUCAUUCAGAAAUUUGUUGUCAGGCUUACGGCCCUCGUGGAGUGUGUGAGAGCUCUGAUUGCCGGGCGAGUCCUAUAGGAUGGCAGUGUUGCUUGAUGUGAGGUCUGGUAGCUUCAGCAGUAGCCCUGGCUCUAGAGCCAUUUCCAGUUCCCUCACCGAGCCCUGCCAAAGGGCAUCGCAGUCCUUGCUCCGCUGCUUUCUAAAUACUCUCCAUAUUCGCAGGCCUUUCUGUUGUUUGAUUUUUCUCUCUUUUUAUUAAUUUUUUUUCUACAAUAGCCUAAUGGGCAAAUGUUUAAUUUGUCUCUGUGUCUGUUUCAGUAGCAGUAGGCUCUCUUUGCUUCAAAACCCAUAAAUUUGCUUGUGAUCCUUCAGAGUUUGAAGCUGUGGGGAUGCUUCCUUAAGUGUACUCUGUCCUGAAAGCCGCCCUCUCCCCUUCGAGAGAGAACCUAAUUGUAGUUCUGGUGUGUAAAUAGUGUUUGAAAUGUAAAUAGUAGCAUGCAGAUUAAAUGAUUCUUGCACACGACUGCUUUUCACCUUACAAGUGUUGAUGACAGAAGGUGCUGCUGAACGUGGGGAGUGCUGUGAGCACUGUGCCUGGCCACCCCCUCUGCUCGCUGGGGCCGCGGGCCGAGAAAGGGAGGUCAGGGCAGCACCCCAAUGGCUGUGGGAGGCUGACAUCGCUUGCGACAGGAUUACACAUGGUGCUAUAAGAACUGUCCUGGACGUUAGUCUGUGCUUUAGUGCUUCAGAGACGCCCUUGGUAAAAACUGAUUCCGAUUAGCAGUGUUGGUUACAAGAGAAACUCGUAUGUGCAUUUUUUGAUUGUUUUCCUUCUUGCUUUGUGUGCCUUUUGGGUGCAUUGAAAUGGCAGUUCUGCAAGUACCAAGGGAAGAGAUUAGACCUCAACAGGUGUCAGACCCCACUCCAGUUCCUCUCUCCCAUUUUCGUUUUUUAUCUGAAAUUUUUUCAGAUACCUGUAAUUUGUCAUGGAAUUGUCUAAAGCAAGCGGAACAGCAGUGUUGGAGCCAUCUGCUACCAAAUUUUGUCACUUAAAGAAAAGAAACAAAAAUAAAUUCUCUCUCCCUUAUCUUGCAGUAUAAAAAGUGUUAUGACUGCUAGCGGACACCAGGCAGCACUGCUCGCUGUCUUUUGUGUUUUGGCAGUGUAAAUGUGUUGAUAAAAAGCUCCAUCCAUGUGUGUGUUCAUGUUCACGCUGUGUUCAUGGUAGAGGUGGCCCUGAUACUACCUUGAGCUCUGGGGAGAUUGGGAUUUGGGUUUUGUGACUCAGACUCAUCUCUAAUACCCGUGUUCCAGACUAGUUCCGACUGAAUCUCUCUCUCUGGUUCGUUCUGGAGUGUAUGGCAAGAUGUCGAUAUUUACCCUUUGUGUAUCAUUCCUUUUGAUAUGAAUGUAUUCUCUUGUGUUCCUUUUUCUAUCAGUUGUAAAAUUGAUUGUAAAAGCCAACGACACUUACCGAUUGCGAGUAUUGCUAUAACAGAACUGCAUGCCCAGUAGAGUUUGACUUGAGCUUUAGUUUUCUGAUUUCAGACUGGUUACCUUCAGUCGAGGAGAAAAGCAUAGGUCAGGUGCAUAAUGUAUUACUUGUCAUCUUUAGCAUUAGACUGUGGUAUUGUAUCACAUGCUGAUCUCAAUGGAUGUAACUGGAGUCUACUUAGGAAGUUAAUGUAACUUCCUGGUAAUUAAUUUUAAGCUAUUGAAAGUGGUCUUGAUCAUGCUACUUGUGUUCUUGGGUUUUUGUUUUUUAAUAGAGGCAUUUUUUAGGAAUGUUUUAAUACACUUAUGGACAAUACAAUAGUUUUAAUAGUUGUGCAGUAUUCUGUAUUUACUUGAAGUAAAUCAUUUUAUAUGCAAUUUGUUAGAUAAUUACAAUUUUAUAAA